AUGAGUAUUGAUGAAUAGAAAUGUAUUUUAAGAAUUGAGCUUAUUGCAGGACAUUAAAUGUUGUUAGAUAAAGAUUAAUAGAGAUGUUUUAUUGAAUUUAAAUUGGAUGGAGAAGCAAAAUAAAGUAAUGAAAAAACAAAACAGGAUGAUUAUUUUGAAUAAGUGUUUCAUUUUCAUUUGAAUCAAAAUAAGAAUGCAAAUCGAGAAUUAUAGAUUCUAUUAUGCAAUAUUAAUAGAGGUGGAUAUAUGUCAAAGUAGACUCUUCAUAAAAUCAAUCUAAGAGAAAUGAAAUUUUAACUCAAUUAGCCUUUUGAUUUACCUGUUAAAACUAAAAGUAAAUCAUUAAAUAUACUAAUUUAGUUAAGGAUAAGUUAGUCUCUAUCCAAGUUUUUUUCUCAUUUAUUAAUAAUCUUUUUGUUGAUAAUGUAACUGGGGAAGUUAUUGUUAAUUUAUAAUCAAUGAUUCCUUAGAAUAAAGGAAUAUUAGCAAUGUCUAUAGGUGGCAGUUAAACAUCCUAUACCUUUUAGGCAGGAACUGAAUUGAAGAUAAUGAAUGAUUCACCCUAUUGUAAAUUGACAUUGAUUUAUUAUUCAAAUGUUAUUCCUAAAGAUUAUUUUGGAAUAAAUUAAAUUAAAUUAUUGAAAUAAGAUUGUUUAAAAAAAGAAAUAUAUUUAUGUGAUUUGAAUUGGAAAUAAAAAAAUAAUGAAUUAGAAGUUUAUUUAGAUAAAGUUCAAAUAAAUACAGGUAUGUUUAGAUUAAGAUUAACAUUAUCAAGGAAAUAAGAAAUACCAAAGAUUUUAGAAGAGAAAUAGUUAGUACCAUAAAAAAGAGUUAUGGCAAUCAAAUCUAUUAAAAUAGAUGGAUUUCCAACAAAAGAAUUAGGUAAUGCAAAAUAUUAUCUAUAAAUUCGUACACCAAAUUAUUUUUAUUUUACUCAUCUUAGUGUAAUACCAUAAUGGGAUUGUGAUAUAGCUUUAUAUGAAUAAAAUUAUACAGUCAUACUUUAUAAUUAUUGUGGAGAUAAAAAGACUUCUUUUUUAGCUAAAUUUGAGAAUGGUAAUGAAGGAGAAUUGAGUUUACCAUUUUAAUAAUUUUUGAAAACUUUUUAUGGUUCAAAUCCAAAUCAAUUUUAAAAAGUGACUUAAUUUCUUAAUUUAUAAAUGCAUAGUGAUAUUAAAUAUCAUACAUCUCUUAUGAUUGAUAAUCCUAGAGGUAUUGUCAAUCUACCAAUUACUGAAUUUAGUAUUAAUGAAUAUUAAGGUAAUUACAUGAUGUUUCAAACUUUUUCCAUAUAUGAUUAUGUUUAGAUACGUAAAUAUAAAGCAAAUAAGGCUGAAAUUGCAUUUGAUAUACCAUUAUAUGAAAUUGAAAAUUAAAUAUUUUUUGGUGGUUAAUAAAUACCAAUUAAAUAUGAAAGUGAUUAAUAAAUUAAAGAGGAAGUUAUAGAGGAGAAAUUAGAAAAAAGUAAUUAUGUUAAAAUUACAGUUCAUUCAGUUAAAAUAACUAAGAAUGAAUAUUUAUAAGUAACAAUAACAACUGAUGAACUUACUUUUUAAACAUCAAAAAUAUGUGGAAUUUAUUUUGGAUAAUCUUUCAUAUGUAAAUUUCCAAAUAAAUUAUCAUUUUAAUUGGUAAAUAGAACAGAAAAUGAUAUAAUUUAAGAUACAUAUACUUCAUUCAUUGAUUUAUAAUAAUAUGAUUUUUUGGGAACUGAAUCAUUUAUUAAUGUAUAAAUGAAUUCAAUUGGAAAAUAAUGUCUACUUACAAUAAGAUUAGAAUUGAGUGGAAAUUUAUCAUAAGUUAAUAGAUUAUCCAUAACUCCAUAAGCACUUUAUCCUGUAAGUACAGAAGGUGUUUAUUAUAUGAGAGUAUUAUUUUCUUAUAGAUUCUUUUAUGAUUAUCAAUAAGUGAAAAGUGAAAAAGAUUAUUUAGUUUUUGAUAAAUUUGAAUGGACAGCUGAAGAUUUAUGGAAAUCCAUUAGAUUUUAAUUAUUUUAUUAAAGUGGAAACAAAAAGGAAAAUCAUACUCUAUUAGCAGAUUAUUAAUUAUAAGCAAUAGAUUUAUUAUGGAAGAAUAAAGGAUAUGUGAUAAGAGAAAAAUGUAGAUUUAUAAUAAAGAAAGAAUAAAAAUAUAAUGUGGACACACCUAUAAAAGUGAUAAAAGAUUUAGAUUAACCUAAAGUUUUUGUUAAAUUUACUCCAUUAUCAAUAUAAUUUCAAUAAAAUUCUUAAGAUAAUGCAUAAGUAGAAGGGUUUGCAUUAUAAUUACAUCAUAUUUCGAAUGAUACAAUAGCUAGAUUAGAAGAUAAUUUAAAUUUUGAAUAUAAUGGAAAUGUUAUGGAAUUUGAUAGAACUGAGAAUAGUGUUUUGAAAUAUCCUGUAUCAACAUAAUUAACAAAAUUAUAAUUAGAUAUUAGCAUGAUUAAAUUAAUUAAAUAGGAAUUAAGAAUAAAUUAAUUUGUUAUUCCUGUAGAUUUAAAAUAAUUAGAUGCUAUAUAAUAUGUAGAAAUAAGAAAUGAUAUUCCAAUGAUAUUAAAGUAUCGAAGAUAAAUAAUACAACAUAUGAGAUUAUCACAUACAUCUAUAUAUGAUGUUUCAAUAACAAAUAUUGGAAUAUCUAAAUAAGAUUUAAUUAAUUUAAAAUUUUAUGUAGGUACAACAACAUUAAUUAAUUAUCCUUGGGUUAAAGAUGGAAUACUUGAAUAAUAAUAUAAAGAAAGUGUUUAACCAAUAUUAUUUUAAUUAGAUGAAAUAGAUACAUGUUUAGAAUUUGUCUUAUUUACUGAAGUAAUGAUAUUUAGAAGACAUGUAAUAAAUAUUAGCACAAUAUAAUUUAUAUAUAAUGAAGAAUAAUAGAUAGGAACUUAUGAUUUAAAUUUAGAUGAAUUUAAAUGUUAAAUUAUUAUUAAAGAAUCAAGUGAAUAAUUUAAAGCAGACUCAAUAAAUGUAUCAUUUAAUACUUUAACUAAAUUGAAACAUAUGGCAGGCAAAUUUAUAAAAUAUAGAUUUAGUUAUAAUUUUGAAUGUAAAGAAUUCUCUAGUUAAUUAAAAUAUACAUUUUUUACAUCUAUAUCAUCUUAUAUAGCUUCUAUUUUAUAAAGAAAUGAAGGAUAAACUGAAGGAGAAUAUGAAUAUACAAUUAUUAUUCCUGAAAGAAAGAAAUUUCCUAGAAAUCAUUCUGUUGCAAAAGUAUUUUUAGGAUCUAAAGAAUUAUAUCUUGUUAGACAUUAAGAAACAAGGGCAGAAGAUAUGGAAACAAUUUUAGAGACAAAAAUAAAAAUUAGAAAUAUUUAUAUUUUAAGUACAUAACCUACUUAAAGUUUUACAUGUCUUACUAAAGAAGGAAAAAUUAUUGAAUUAGAUACAGAAUAUUUAGUAUAUAAAUAGAUAAAGACUUAAUUUACAAUAGGCAAAUUUGAGAUUAUGAUAUAUAGAUUAUUGAAAGAUAUUGAAAAAGAUUAUUAAAAUAAAUAUAUUGGACCUGAUUUAAGAUUAUGUUUAAAAUAUAAUAAAUAAAAAUAUUGGAUUACAAGUAUUAAUGAUUAAGGACUUAUGAUUGAUGGAGAAUUUUAGAAAUGUGAAUUUUAUGUUAGUAAUGUUACAGAUCUAUUAAAGAUAUAAUUAUAUAUUCAUGAUUAUUUAGUUGCUGAAAAUGAAUAUUGUGUACCUUUAUUAAAAGAAUAAUUUAUUUAAGAAUUAUAGAGAAUAUUAUAUAAAUCUAAUGAUUUAAUUAAUCAUUUUCAUUAAAAAUUAAAACUUAAAAAUAUUUGGAUAAUGGGUAGAUGUAAAUUUUAAAAAUAAAAUUGGGUUAAAUUGUUUCUUAAAUUUCAUAAAUUAAUUAUAAAAUUAGAUGAAGAAGAAGAGAAAUAAUUAAGAAGUUAUUCAUUAAUAGUAUCUAAUAAAUAAUUAGAAUGGAUAUCAAAAGUAUAUUCAACUUCAAGAAAUAAUACAGAAAUUGAUUUUUAUGAUGAAGAAAUAGUUGAUUAAAUAAUCUUACCUGGAGAGGAAGAUUAAUCUUAUUUUAAAAUGUAAGUAAAAAUGAAUGGUGAUAUUCUUGCUGAAAAAUUAUUAGUCUUAAAACCAUUUGUUGUAAGAAAUGUAUCUAAUUUUCCUUUUGAAUUCAAAAUUAAUGAUAAAGUAUCUGUUACUACUACUAUUGAAGUAUCAUAAAAAUUUAAAAGUGAUAAUUUAAAAAAAUAAAUACCAGAAGAAUAUAAAUUUGAUUUUAGAAAAACUAGUUAUGAGGAAAUGGUAAUAACUAUGUUAAAUUUUAAAGGCAUAUUUGAUAAAAUUCUAAAAGAAAUAUUUGAAUUUCUUAUGUAUAAUUUACCUAAUAAAUAUGAACCUUAUAAACUAUUUAAAGUAUGCAAAGCUAUAUUUUGUAUUCAUAAUAAAAAUCUUACUUUAAGUUGUUAUUCAACUCAAUGUAUGUCUACUAUUUAUUUGUCUCAUAGUGAUUAACUUAUGGGACAAAUUAAUCAUCUAUUAUUAAUGUAAUAAUUACAAGAUCUUGUAAUUGCUAAGAAUAAAGAAUUUAAACCACUUAUCAAUAUACCAUAUUAUGAUGAAUAUCUACCUACUUCUGUUAAUACUAUUAAAAAUUUAGAUUUAACUGAAGGUGAAUUAUUUGCAUAUCUUAAAGCCAAUUUUCAUAAAGUAAAAGAAGAUCUAUUUCAAGAAUCAAGAGAUAAACAUUCAGCUAAAAUUACAUUCAGUUGUAUGAAAAUUUUGGAAACCUUACUUUAGAAAAAUCAAUAACCAGGAUUAGAAAUAUUAACCAAUUUACCUAUUUUAACUGAAGCAUAUAAAUAAUUUGAUGAUUAUGAAAAUAAAAUUGGAAAUAUAUUCACAAUCUUAAUCAACACUUUAAUCAAAUUCUAUACAAAUCAAGAAAAUGAAGUAGAAAUUACUAAAUUAAUUAAUUCCAAUUUCUAUCUUCUACUUUAAGUAUUUUUUGAAACUAUUGAAAAAGCUAGUUAAUAAUAAUUCAUAGCUAUAUUAUUGACUAUGCAUAGUAUAAUAAAGAUUAUUAAUUAAGAUUAAUUAUAAUUCCUUAAAUUAAUCUUAAAAUAUCUAAUCAGAAGUCUUGUAGUAUAAUAAGAUCUUGAAUUACAUAUUGGAGUAGCAGUUGAAUAUUUCUAACCAAAUUAUCAAUCAAUAAUUAAAUAGGUUUUAUCAGAAAUUUCCUUAGAAAAUAUUGCUUUAAAAAUAAUUCAAUAAGAGUUUUAAAAUAGAAAAUAGAGCAAUGUUCUAUCUAAUUUAUUUGACAUGAUAAUCUAAUCUAUAGAACUAGGUGUAGAAUAUGUAAAUAUUUUAUUUUAAUAUUUUAGCCUUAUACUGAAUUAUAAGAUUAUAUUAAAAAAGUAUAACCAAAACAUGAAUCAAAUAAAAUAAAAGUUGAAAAGUUUAUGUAAUUUAUGAGCAAAAGAUCAGAAAGAGAAGAAAAAUUGAAAUAAUUAAAAGAAUAGAAACAACAAACAUAAACAAUUGAUGAAUAAAAGAAAAGAGUAAUGGAUAGAUUCAUGAUUUCCAAACUACCUUGGUGA